AAUAUGUCAACUUUUCAUGUACGCCACUGGCACUUAUCCUGUUUUGGUUUCUUUAAAAAAAAAGAAGAAAAAAAGGUUCAUCUCAUCUAUUCUCAAAAAGUAAUUAGACAUAGGAUUAACAUGGGUUGUGGUACUGAGACUGUUUCGUUCUCUCUUGAAUUUGAGUCUUGGGCAAAAAAUUAUUUUGGGAGCGUCAUCUUUGAAUGAGCCUUGCAGUGUAUGAUCUGGAUGAAAUUGAGCUCCAAUGGACUCCGAAUAUGGAUGAAAAAACCAAAAAAUAUUAGAUAGGAUAUUUACGCAUUUAAGUUCAAUAUUGAUCUAUUCAUUUGAUAUUUUUCUCUAAUUGAAUAAAAAAAAAUAUUUACUACAUAUUUAGAAAUUCUAUACCAUGUACUACAAAAUAACAACUUUUCAUAGCUUAAAAAAGAAAAUUGUUUAUUAUCAAGUAGUAGCUGUAACAUUCUUGUUGAAAUAAUUUUUGUUUCCUCUCUUAAUAAAAAAUAAAAUACCCUGAAAAUCUAUUCCAGUAAUAUUGCAUUGUUCAUCUAACUAGGAAUCCGGGUUGUACUGAUCUUUACUUGGGAGCGCAAGCUCUAAAUUUGUCAAUGAAGAGUGAAUCUUAUUGUAUUAGUGUCUAUAAUUGAUUUCUUUUGUAUGUGUAAUACUUGUAUGACAGGCAGUGGUGGCUAGCCUUGCAAUGAACAAUGUGAUGAUCAUAUUAGACAAUCACAUAAGCAAGCCUGGGUGGUGCUGUAGCAGAUUUGAUGGCAAUGGCUUCUUUGGAGAUGAGUACUUUGACCCUCACCUUUGGAUCCAAGGCCUUACAAAAGUAGCCACCACUUUCAAGGCCACUACCAAUGUUGUAGGCAUGAGCUUAAGAAAUGAACUUCGUGGACCUUUACAAAAUGUUGAUGAUUGGUAUAGGUACAUGCAGAAAGGAGCUGAAGCAGUGCAUGCAGCUAACUCUGAUGUUCUCAUCAUUCUAUCUGGACUAAGUUUCGACAAGGAUCUUUCUUUCUUGCAGCAAAGACCGGUGAACUUGACAUUCAGUGGCAAGCUAGUUUUCGAGAUUCAUCGAUAUAGUUUCACAGAUGGAGACACUUGGUCAGCAGACAACGCAAACCAAGCGUGCGGAGAAGUGUUGAAUGACAUGGUGAGCAGAGGAGCUUUUGUUUUAGAACAAGGCUACCCAUUGUUCGUGAGUGAGUUUGGAGUGGAUCAGAGAGGCACCAAUGUGAAUGACAACAGGUAUUUCAAUUGCUUUCUUGGACUGGCAGCUGAACUUGACUUCGAUUGGGCAUUGUGGACACUCGUUGGGAGCUAUUAUUUGAGAGAUGGUAUUGUGGGACUCAAUGAGUACUAUGGUAUUUUAGAUUGGAACUGGUUCGAUAUCAGGAAUUCAAGCUUUCUGCAAAGGAUCUCAGUCAUCCGCACGCCAUUCCAAGGACCAGGAUAUGCCGAGACUCGUUCACAUAAAGUAAUAUUCCAUCCUAUGACAGGGCUUUGUGUGCAAAGAACUUCAUUGCUGCAGCCAUUGGAGCUAGGUCCAUGCUCCGAGGCUGAAGCAUGGAGCUAUGCUCCAGCAAAAGCACUGAUUGUAUUAGGAACUUACUUUUGCCUGCAAGCAGAUAAUAAGCUCGGACAGCCAGCAAAACUUAGUAUGAUAUGCAGUGAUGAUAGCUCAAAAUGGGAUAUCAUCUCAGACUCUAAGAUGCACCUGUCUUCUAAGCUACAAGAUGCUACUAGUGUUUGCUUGGAUGUUGAUCCCAACAAUGUCAUUGUCACACAAACAUGCAAGUGUCUGAGCACAAAUGAUACUACAUGUGAUCCUGGAAGCCAGUGGUUCAAAAUUAUUGAUAGCACAAGGGCGACAAAAACUACAAAAUCCUUUCUUCAAAUCAAACCAAUCAUCCAUUUUCUAGCAAGGAAUUUUUUUGGAAGCUACAUCUGAUAACAUAGAAUAGUUCAUUUAGACUUGCAAUUGAAACUUCUCCAACACUAAAAUACUCUUGAAAUUGUUUGACAAUAUAAUGUUUAAAGGAAAUCCACACGGAUUUUAUCAUUGCAGUACAAGUCAUUCUUCCAUGGCCUCUCCACCUUCAA